AUGAUUCAAAUAACAAUAUUGUUGUUUUAUUUUACAUGGUUCUUAAACAACAAUGUGGUCUUAAGUGUUCAACCAUAUUUUCCUUCACAAGUCACAUUUUCUAUUAAUAAUAAUGGUGGUGAAACUAUUAUGGCAAUCGAUGAUGUCAAUCAGAAAGCAUAUCAAACAUAUACAUCACGUGCAUCAGGACAACGAUAUGGUUUUGUGAUGCAACAUUUUCCCUAUACUAUUCCGAAUUCACCAGAAUCGAAGCAUUAUGUUGAAAUGGCAACAUCUAAUACAUCAAACAGUUGUUAUUAUGGUACGUAUUGGGAAUAUGGUGUUGGUACAUACACUUCAUUUCCAUCUCAUUGGUACUAUAAUAUGACUACAUUUAAAAUUGGAAAUUAUGUCAAAUUUACAUAUCCAAUGAUACAUUCGUCUAAUCAUACACAAGAAAAUGAAGAUUAUUGGUAUGCCAAUGAAAUGUGUGAUGUCGAUCCUGAUCAACAACAUCCAUGUGAAGAGAUUUAUUUUGUUAAAAAUACAGAUAUACCUUUACGAACAACACGAAUUGUUCGUCGUGGGUGGAUAGUUUUACAAGAGACAACCAAGUAUAGAAUCAUAUCGAUUGGUAAACCUGAUGAUCGUCUUUUUGAUAUAAUUCCAAAAGACUGGGCAUAUAAUUGUAAAGACACAUCCUUAGGUCUUUUAUACUAUCCACAGACAUCAAAAAUCACUUUGAAUCAAAGUUCAUCAGUACAAAUUUGGCUUAUUAGUCCACCACAUCGAAUUUAUGGGAAUGAUACAGUCAUUGUUGAAUGGCAACCGGAUAGUAGUUCUGAAUGUAAAGAUUGUGUAAUAUGGACACCUGAACGUUUAUAUUUCAAUUCGGAGAAUUUUGAAAAACGACAAGAACUUGUUGUAACUCGUGUUAAAAAUGGAGGCAAACAACGUCUUAUUCCAGUACUUCAUGGCGGUGGAUAUGAAACAGUUUUUACAGGCGUCUAUCCAAUUUAUAUUGAAUAG